AUGUUCGAGCUCACCCCAGCUGCCAUCAAACAACUAUGCAAAGAGAAGCAGUACUAUAUGCACAAGCCCGAACUGAACGAGGUGCUGCACCUGCAGUACAAGGGCAUCGUCAAGCUCGAGAACCUGGAGGCGUUCACGGGCGUGCGGGCGCUCUACCUCGAGGCCAACGCCAUCGAGGAGGUCGAGAACCUCGACCACAUGACGCAGCUUCGAUCCCUCUACAUUGCAAACAACCUGCUCCGGGAGGUGUACUGUUUGGCGAACCUGAAGGCCCUUGAGACGCUCGACGUGUCCGGAAACCUCGUCGACUCGCUGGACGGUCUGGCGCAGCUGCCCAAGCUGGGCACGCUCGUGGCGGUGGGCAACCGCCUGGAGAAGCCGGACGCGAUCGAGGAGCUGCGGCGCUGCGAGGCGCUGCACACGCUCGACAUCAGCAACAACAAGCUCGAUGACGAAGCCACUUGGGAAAUCCUUAUCUCUCUUCCACUUAAAUACCUCCGAAUGCAAGGCAACCCCGUCGUGCGGCGCGUCUCCGCGUUCCGCAAGCGCACCCUCGCCGCCAUGCCCACGCUCACCUACCUCGACGACGCCCCGGCCUUCGAAAAGGACCGCCGCCUGGCAGAAGCCUUCGUAGCCGGCGGGUACGACGCCGAGCGCGCCGAGCGGGACAAGAUCCGCCAGGAGGAGGAGCUGAAGCGGCAGCGCAGCCGGCAGGCGUUCAACGACUUCGUCGAGGACGCGAAGCGGCGGCACAAGGAGAACCCCCCCCCUCCGCACGACCCCAUGAGGUUCCGUGCGGUGCCUGUGGGGGAGUCCGAUUCCGAGGACGACUCGGACCUGCCGCCGUCGUGCCGCAUCUCGCGCAAGGGCCGCGGGCUCGACAAGCAGGGGCGCCCCGUCAACGCCCCUCUCGCGCAUGUCGCCGGCGACGCCGACGCACUGCAGGGAGCGGACGGCGACGCCGACGACUGGGUCGUGCUCGACAAGGACGAGGCGAGCGGCGCGGAGGGCGACGCGGCGCCGGAGGCGGCGGCGGCGGCGGCGGCGGAGGGGGGGGAGUGCGCAGAGGAGGCGGGGGGUGUCGAAGAGGUCGGCGAGGUGGCGUCGGGGGGUGUGCGGAGUCCGCCGGUGCCGCCGCCGGUGCCGGUGCCGGAGAUGGCGGGGCUGUCGGUGACGGGCCUCGCGCCGGUCGCGCCGAUCGAUCCGGAGGAGCUGCGGCGGCGGAGGGAGGAGUGUUUGUGUCAGCAGACUCAGUUCCGAAAAGACCUCCAGGAGCGGGCUCUGGCGCGCGCGGCGUCCAAGGCGGACGUGAUGCAGCAGAAGCUCGCCGAGGCGGCCGCGGGGUCCGGCGGCGGGCACGGCGGCCCCUCCCCCGUCGUGUGGGGGACUCAGAGGUAUAAGGAACUGUGGAAGAUGGCGCAGGAGGUCCCGGAGGGGGGGGAGUCUGAGGAGGGCGCGGGACGGGAGGGGAGGGAGGCCGGGGCGGCGGUGGAGGGGCCGGAGGGCGAUGCGGGCGCGGCGGUGGAGGGGCCGGAGGGCGAUGCGGGCACGGCGGUGACUGCGGAGGUCAGCGCGGCAUCGGUGGCGGUGCCUGCGUCGCUGCCGGAUCUGGAGCCGCUGACGGGGGGCGCGGAGGAGGAUUUGGACGGGCUGGACUAG